AAGCGAUAUUUUUUUUACUCCCAUUAAUUAAUACUCUACAAUAUGUCUGACCUUUCCGCAGAAAUGAACAACCUCAACCUCAACGGUGGGGCCCCGCGUUCCUCCUACGUUCCUCCCCACCAGAGAAACAGCAACAGAGCUCCAAGACAGUUUGAGCAGCAGUCCUUCCAGGGCGGCUACCAGUCUGAAGGUGGCUUCAACGGUGGCUACCAGCGCGGUGGCGACUCCUUCCGUGGCUCCCGCGGUGGUGCCCGUGGCGGGUUUGGCGGCUCCCGUGGCGGCUCCCGUGGCGGGUUUGGCGGCGGCAGAGGGUACGGCCCAAGAGCCGGCGAAGGGAAGUGGGAAGACGGUAAGCAUGUCCCAGGUGCGGCCUCUGAAAAGUUGGAGUUGGAGUUGUUCGGUGUUGCCGAAGAUCCGACUUUCCAGUCUUCCGGUAUCAACUUUGACAACUACGACGACAUUCCGGUCGAAGCCACUGGUGACAACGUUCCAGAGCCAAUUACCGCCUUCACCUCCCCACCUUUGGAGGCCUUGUUGGUUGAAAACAUCAAAUUAUCCAGAUUCACUAAGCCAACGCCAGUGCAGAAGUACUCCGUUCCUAUUGUGGCUGGCGGUAGAGAUUUGAUGGCCUGUGCCCAGACCGGUUCUGGUAAGACCGGCGGUUUCCUUUUCCCAGUCUUGUCUCAGUCCUACCUCAACGGUCCAGCUCCAGCUACGGAGAGCAGAACCGCCUUCGACAAGAAAAAGGCCUUCCCAACCGCCUUGGUUUUGGCCCCAACCAGAGAGUUGGUUUCUCAGAUCUUUGAGGAAGCCAAAAAGUUCUCCUACAGAUCCUGGGUCAGACCGUGUGUCGUCUAUGGUGGUGCCGACAUCGGUACCCAAAUUAGAAACAUGGACAGAGGCUGCGACUUGUUGGUUGCCACCCCGGGCCGUCUUAACGACUUGUUGGAAAGAGGCCGUGUCUCUUUGCAAAACAUCAAGUACUUGGUGUUGGACGAAGCUGACAGAAUGUUGGACAUGGGUUUCGAGCCUCAAAUCAGAAGCAUCGUCCAGCAGACCGACAUGCCAGGCGUUAACAACCGUCAAACCCUCAUGUUCUCCGCCACCUUCCCUAAGGACAUCCAGAUGUUGGCUCGUGACUUUUUGAAGGACUACAUCUUCUUGUCCGUCGGUCGUGUCGGUUCCACCUCUGAGAACAUUACCCAGAAGGUUAUCUACGUCGAAGACGAGGACAAGAGAUCCACCUUGUUGGAUAUCUUGUCGGCUGCUGAUGCCGAGUUGACCUUGGUCUUUGUGGAAACCAAGAGAAUGGCUGACGCCUUGUCUGACUACCUUUACAACCAGGGCUUCCCAGCCACCUCUAUCCACGGUGACAGAACCCAGCAGGAGAGAGAGCGCGCCUUGGAGCAGUUCAAGAGCGGACGCGCUCCAAUCUUGGUUGCCACUGCUGUCGCUGCCAGAGGUUUGGAUAUUCCAAACGUCAAGCACGUCGUGAACUACGAUUUGCCAACCGACAUCGACGACUACGUUCACCGUAUUGGUCGUACCGGUCGUGCUGGUAACGUUGGUAUUGCCACUGCUUUCUUCAACAGAGGUAACAAGAACGUUGUCAGAGAGUUGACCGACAUCUUGACCGAAGCCAACCAGGAAAUCCCAGACUUCUUGCACACCAUCUCCAGAGAAUCCUCUUACGGUGGUGGCAGAGGUGGCCGUCGUGGCGGUUCUUCCUCCAGAGGCAGCCAGAACAGAGACUUCCGUAAGCAGAGUGGUGGCUUCGGCGGCUCCUCCAACGGUGGCUCUUUCGGUGGCCAAUCUUCCUUCGGUGGCUACAACGGUGGCUCUGGUAGUGCCUACAACGCUCCACGUGCCAGCACUGGUUCCGCUGCCGGUUACUCCUCCUACGGUAACCCAUCUGCUGCCUCCAACUCCUGGUGGUAAGCUCCGCCUUUUUCCACCUCCGUUUUUUUCACCUCCGGUUUUUUUCACCGUUUUUCUCAUCUUACACAUACACAACAUACACUUACUGUCACAUCAUCAUGUUUUUUGUUUUAUACUCACGCGCAUGAGUUCAUUUCUAUAUUCGGGCUUUUUGAAAGGGAAUUCUUCUUAAUUUUUUUUAUGUUUACGAUAGAACAUGGGGAAAAUUUAUUAUUCGGCUGUUUUUUUUUCUUGUUUUUGGCUUUAUUUCGUUUCAAAAAUAAAGUAAUAUAG